CCGCUCAAUGAAAGCAUUCUUCAUUCCGUGCGGCUGACCAAUAACUUUUCUUCCUUCUGCGGUCCGUGUUUGACGCGUCAGCCAGGCGCACCCACUGCACAUCUCAACCCCUCCGCAGCCAGCGACGGAGUUUAGUUUGGAUGGACUCACGGAAAGACUACACAUGCUGCCGAAAAGGAGUUUAAACAGCCGAGAGAGAAGGACGAGGCCCAGCAGAACCGGAGCUCCGGAGGCGCAGACUGCAGCGGCUUUGAUCAAGCUCUAAUAAAAGAGAGCGGUGUUCCAGGGUUGCUCAGGACACACCCAGCUUUAACUUCCAACACAGGAACGGACUGAAUGACCGGAAACAGGGACAAGAUAGGCAGUUAGAUCCUUGCGGAAAACAACCCGGCAAAAUCACAAAGAGCGUGAGAUAACUACAGCACAGAUCCUUGCAGCAAUGGGUGACUCCGAUGAAGACUACAGAAACUACACCUAUGAUUAUUACCUGGAAUAUGGCGACUUGGAGGAGCUUGAAGUAGACCAUAAGCAGAGGGAAGCAAUGCACAUCAUCUCAGUGGUUAUCUACAUAGUUUCCUUUGUGCUUGGCCUGAUCGGAAACGGAAUUGUUAUCUGGGUGACAGCGUUUAAAAGCAAAAAGACAGUCAGCAGUGUUUGGUUGCUCAAUCUGGCCAUGGCAGACUUUGUGUUUGUGCUUUUUCUGCCCUUCUACAUUGAUUACAUACUGCGGGACUUCCACUGGGACUUUGGUGUGGCCAUGUGUAAGAUCAACUCAUUUAUGUCUGUGAUGAAUAUGUACGCGAGUGUGCUCUUUCUCACGGUGCUCACUAUAGAUAGAUACGUCUCUGUGGUCCACCUGAACUGGUCGCAGAGGUAUCGCACUGUGGAAAGAGCCUGGAUGGUGUGUGGCUGCAUAUGGGCGAUAGCUGCCACCAUGAGCUGUCCUGCCCUGAUCUUUCGUGACACCAUGCGUUUACACGACAAGGUGGUGUGCUUCAGCAACUUCCUCCUACAGGGCGAGCAUUCAUCAGCCCACACAGCACUCAUGAGACACGUCACAGUUGUGGCCAUUCGCACCACUGUGGGCUUUCUUCUGCCAUUUACUGCCAUAAGUGUGACAGGCAUACUUUUGGCAAUCAAAGUGAAUCAAUCCCGGGGUUCCGUCCGCCUGUCUAGCUUUUCCAAAGCCAUCACUGCGGUUAUUCUGGCUUUCUUUUUGUGCUGGGCACCUUUCCAUAUUUUUAGCUUGAUGGAGUUGACUAUACAUUCCUCACUUUACCUACACAACGUACUAAAAGCUGGCUUUCCUCUCGCCACGAGCUUAGGCUUCUUUAACAGCUGCAUUAACCCCCUGCUGUACAUGCUGCUGGGCAAAAAGGUGCGUCACAUCCUCAAGCGCGCCUGUCUGAAUAUAACAAAGAGUUCACUCAGAGAGCUCAGCCAGUCGAUCUCUGCCACCGAGAUAGAAUCUGUGCCGGGAGUUCAUCAGGACGGCGUCCCGGAAGAUUCUGUGGUGCUGUCAACUCUAUGAUUGCAACCAUCCCCACACAUGUGGGGUUGUCCAUGAAAAACAAGUGGUUAAGACUGAGUAUUACUAAAGCCUAAAUAUGGAAGAUUAUCACAGCUCUUCUUUCCAGCCGUAGUUUUAAGGUUUUCCUAUGUUGUUUCAUUGGGACAGAGUCUUGCCUUCUUAAACUGACAAUUAUUCUCAGUGAAAAAAAGCUAAAUAGAACUGUAUAUAAUGUGCACAUGGUGUUAAAAUGUAUUAAAUCUAUAAAUCACAUUUAUUUUGCAUAAGCCAAGUUAAGCGGAAAGAUAAAAAACAAAAUAAUUUAGGUGAUUUACAGAAUCAAUCUGCAUUUAUUUUGAAAUAAUCAUUUUUACAACAAAUAUUUUGUUCCAGCUUCUCGGUUGUGAGAAUCUGCUGCUUUUAUUUGCUUUCUAUACUUAACUACCAGCAGUGUCUUUGUGUUUUGGACUACUGCUCACACCCGACGAGCAAUUUGAAGAUCUCCUUGGAUGAUUGUGAUGAUUUUUCAGUAUUUUUUGGCACAGAAGAAAAUAUUUUUAGUUGAAGCUGCUGGUCAAAGGCAUUUUAGAUAUUUACUGAUUUAUUAUUUUUUACCCUUUUGGUUUCAUGGUGGCUGCUCGAAUCAUGUAUGGUGUAUGUAAGAUUUUUUUAAAACUAGCUAUUAUAUUGUAAUAUAUUCAAAGCAAAUAGUAUCUAUGUUAAUAAAUGUGUUCUUUAGAACA